CGCGUGAGUCUGACACUCUGCAGUCGACUGCAGAGGAGCUGAUUCCCCCGCACACUCGCCGCCGCCUUCGUUCCCGCCGUCGGCCUCCUCCCGUCCUUGCCACGGCCUCCAGCGGCCAGGUCCAGCCGGGGGCGGCCAGUCGCCGGAAGAUUCGCUCCCACCGCCUCCUCUCCCGACUACCCAACGCUCGAGGCACCGCGGGGUCGAUCCGGCUGACCGGGACCCGGGGUCCCGCCCACCACCGUGGCAGGGACCCGGGCUCCCGGCGGACGCCCUCUGCUGCUCGCCGACUCCCGUCGCCUGGCUGCAGCACAGCGGCCAUCCCCUGAUCUGCCGACCGCCCUCCGCCUGCAGGCCUCCUCGGAGCUGCUGCCGGCGCGCACCAAGCUGCCGCAGUCCGAGCUGCCGCGGGCCUGCACCAACGAACCCGCCACCGCCACAGUCCGGCCGCGCCGUCGCCUCAGAGGACGCCCCCAACCAGAUCCUGAGAGAAGCUUAGAAUCCAGCAAGAAUACAGCCUUAAAAGUCCAUUCUUUAUCCACAGCAUCACUACCUCCAUUACAGAAAACAAGUGAAAUCACAACAACAAAAUGGGAGCACGGAACACGCUGGGACAAACAACUUGGAUCAACAGCAGAACACAAAUGACCAGAAGAGAGAGGGAGUUCACGGCAGCUUCGGCAUCGGACGGCGUGAACCAACCACUUGCUCGUCAAAAGUCUGUGCCGCUGUCCUCCAUGUCAAUAUCGUCAGCGUCAAUGCCACCCAGCUCCAUGCUCCCCAUGCUGGGGAUCUUCCCAGUGAGCUUCAUACUGUCGCCAGGCUUGCGGGCCUCCUGUAUGAUGGCCAUGAUCUCCACCAAGCUUUGCGGGGGGACGCUCAUGUUGGGACUUUUGUGAUGCAGCGAAGAAAAACGGACUGUGGAUUCAUUUCAUGAGUAAAUAUGGUCUAUUUUGUAAAUUAACGAAUGGAUGAGUGGUUUGCGGGUUAUUUCAUAGAAAUUUGAGGUUCCUUUUGUGAAAUAAUCAAAUAUGGACUGAGGGUUUAUUUUAGAAAAAUCUGAGUGGGUUUCAAAAAAAUACAGAGAGGGGACCUUGAUAGCGGGUUGAUUUAAAUGAAGCUCGAGGGGUUUAUGAAAAAAUAUAUGAACUGCUCUGGACUGUGGGUUGAUUUCUGCUAAAUAUAAGAGUCUUUAUGCAAAAUGUCCGAGGCAUGAUCUGCAUCGUCCGCACGCCCAAUCCGACGGAUGGAAAAGCAGGCGAUGUUUAUUUUAAAAAAUUGUUUAUGCAAAAUCGUAGUAACAGAUUUUAAUUGAAAAUUGAGAAAGUCACCUCUACAACGUUUAACUUAAAAAAAUUUAAAAAGGAGAAAAGAUCAGCAUUCGCUUGCCUCUUUAUUUAUUCUCUGUCUAACCUUCUGUACUAUCACAACUGUUAUGACGAAUUCCAAGAGGUACCCGACUUUAAUUUCUCGAAUUGAUAUCUUCUUCCAUGUCCUCAAAUUUAUUUAUUGAUGCAAGUAAAGAGUUUGUUUUUCGGUUUUAUUUAUUGGUUCCAUGGUAGUUGGCCAGUUGUGCUCUGGGGGCACGUAUUGGGGGAGAUCUGAGCAAGCUGUUCUUUUCCUCAUUCCUGUCUCCCAUCCAAAGAAGAAGCCAAGAACGCCGAUGAUCACCUCAGAAAUGUGAUGAAGUAUCUAUCCAAAAUAUCAUCAUCCCAGGAAAGAUACAAACUAUUUAUCCAGUGACAAGUUUCCAGCCGAAAUCAAUGGCUUCAAGACCAAGUACUGGUAAACCUUGGAGAUAUCAGCAUCUCUCUGCUCUAUUAUUUUCAGCAAUCCUAGAAUGGGUUUUGAUGCUUCUGCUGCUGCUUGAGGGGCUACUCUCCUAUCUGGUGACGACAUUUGCACACUUUUGCAAGCUGCAACCGCCAUGCCCAAUGUGCACAAGGUUGGAUCAUGUCUUGGGCAAGGCGCAGAAGGGCUUUUACUGCAACCUUAUGUGCAGUUCUCACAAGGCAGAAGCAUCAUCAUGGGCAUUUUGCCACAUCCACCAAAAGCUUGUUGAUAUCCACAGUAUGUGUGAAGCCUGCCUUCUUUCAUUUGCUACUGACAAGAAGUCAAACCUUGAGACAUACCGAUCCUUGGUAGGGAAACUUGGUGUCGGCAUUGACAAUGCAGGUUGCAGAUACAACUUCGCUUCGGGAAAUGAUGCAACUGAAGCACCAGUCCUGAAGGAAACUCUAUGCUCAUGCUGCUCAAGGCCAUUGGAAGUGAAGUAUCAUCCUUUUGUCGUUCUUCAGAACAAAGCUAGUGGCAUUGGCAUUGAGGGGAUCUGUAGAGUUGCUUCAAGAGAUAAUCAGAGUAUCGAUGAGAUCAAUUAUGUCGCGUAUAGUGAGCUGAAGACCUCUGACACUGAAUCAGAGCCCUGGCUGCCUGGUUGUAAUGUUGGAAAUUUGCUAAAGGGUGACUAUAUCAACUUGAAGGAAGGUUUUGCAAUGGGCCAUCAUCAACUAACAGAGAUUGCAGAUGACAUGCCUCCAUAUGACAACUCGCAGGAGAAAAAUCCUGAGCUGUCUGAGUUGACACUAGUCCAGAAUGGUGGUUCUGACAGUAAGGCUACUGAAAAUUCAGAAGAGUUGCGCAACAUCCAAGAUGAUGGAAAUGGAAAGGCAAGCCUCCAGUCAACUGAUCUUACCAUCAAAGAUGAGCAGCAAAUUACUAAACAUACCGGCACAAAAGAUAAAUUGGAAGAUGAUGUUUGGCACAAUGCUCUUAGUUCUACUGAGGAGUUAUCAGUAGACAUUAAAUCAGCUGAAACAGACACCAUAACCAAUGAAAAGAAAGCUGAAUUUACUCAUACAGCAAGAAGGAAGGAGUCUUUUAGAGUUCAUGAAGAUUUGAAGUCACUGUUGUCACAGCUUUCUGUUGCUUCACAGGCACCUGAUUUUGAUAGUCCGACCGUCCAGAACCAACAUGAACAAGCCAUACUUCACAAUAUCACUAGAGCACUCUCCCUUGAUAGGAAUUAUUCAGGUAUCUCUGAGAGUAUGGUGCAUGAAGCUGAAGGAGAGUGCACAAUUGAUCAAUUGAAGCAACAAAUCGAAUUAGACCGCAGGUCAAUAAACCGUCUUUGGAAGGAGCUCGAGGAAGAAAGAAAUGCUUCAGCUGUCGCGGCGAACCAAACAAUGGCCAUGAUCACUAGACUACAGGAAGAGAAGGCAGCAAUGCAGAUGGAAGCAUUGCAGUAUCAGAGGAUGAUGGAAGAGCAAAGUGAGUACGACCGCGAGGACCUUCAGAAGAUGGCCCAAACAGUUCAAACACUCCAAGCAGAGAUUGAAGGCUACAAGAUAAAACUUAAAGAUCAGUUGCCCGUCGACGAAAUACGCAACCACAUGCGCCUUUCAUGUCCGAAAGAACAUGGUACUAGCAUCUCCAGAGUCAAAUCACUCUCGGGUUUUGAGGACGAGAAGACGUACAUCUCAAAACGCUUGAGAAAUCUGAGACAGAAGCUUCAUGAAUUCUCAAACAAUAGCAAGCUUGUUCCAUCUCCCAAGCUCAGUGAUGACAAAGAAGGUUCAGUUGAUGACAGAAACAACGAGGAUGCGUGUGAAGAUGUCAACGAAGAUGACAAUACAGACGAUUCGGAAUUCAACAAGCAUCUAGGAAGAAAUGGGGACACAUUCAGGGACUUGAAACACGGCAGAGGACAUGAUCCAAAGGGGCAGUUCCAUGCCAUGGUCAGUGAAAAUGACUUGGCUUCUUUCGAAGACCAGAUAUCUGAAGUCAGUGGGAGGCUGAUGAUGCUGGAAGCGGACCGGAGCUUCCUGGAGCAUAGCGUGAACUCGCUGACAAAUGGCGAGGCAGGUGAGAAGCUGAUCCGCGACAUCGCUAGCAGCCUCAGGGAGCUCCGGAAGAUGGGGAUCUGGAAGGAGUACGAUUAGCUGAAGAUGGCGGCCACUGCUGUAGUAGAGGGUGCAGAUAAUGAUGAGCUGAUUGUAGACUUGUAGUGGAGCAUGUGCCUGCGGUUGCUGUCAUUUGGUUGUGGUUGUGGGUAUGCAAGUGUGCCGAGCAUUUCGCGUGAAGUCAUGUGCAUUGCAUUGGAGAGUUUUGAUGCUUGCGUGUGACCAGUGUAUAUGCACUUUUGAGAGCUUUCUUUCUCUCUUUUUCCGUGAAGAUGAUGUUUGGGGCUUUGUUUUCAAAAAAAAAAAAACAGAACAGUUUUUGUUUAUUUUUAUUUAUGUUUCCUGGGAGA